AUGAAUGAUAAAAAUAUGGAAGAUUCAAUUAGUCCAUUUCAAGCAGCCCAUAGUAAUGAAAAUUUCGACGUGCCUGAUAAUUAUGACCUCGUAAAUAAAGCAAAAAUUUUUUCCUCGACGUAUUUUUUUGAUGGAAACUCAUGGACUGGAUUAGAAAAACCGUUAUACCUUAAAAAAACGAUAUUCGAUGAUGACAGGCUUCUUCAAUUAAACCCUAUUCACGAAAAAUUACCACCAGUUGAAUUAGAAGCAUCUUUAAGUGGAAAGUAUGAUAUUAAAGUUUACCGAAGUCGUGAAAUCAUAUUAGGUAUUGAAGGAGAGCAAAAAAUAUUAAUAAAAUUGCCAAUUACGAAAAAUAUUAUAACAUGGCAUAGCUCUCAACGUUUACCAGUAUUACCAAAGUCAUGGAGGCCAACUGUUUUUGUAUUAAACUCGGGUAAUGUAUUUGUUAGAAUAAUUCCAGAGAAAUGUCUAGUUAUUAGCAAAGUUAAUAAUGAGGAUUCUUUUAAAGUGACAUGUAUUGAUUAUUAUGAAGGAUUUUGCUGUUGUAAUCCUGUUAACAAUUUGGCUUUAUUAUAUGGGCAAUAUGAGCAAAAUCAAGAAUUUAAUAUUAUGAAAUUACCAAAACUUCCUUCCAGUAAUGGAAAAUAUAGCUAUUUUUUACAAUUUUUUUCAUGGGGUACUAUGAUUAUACCCAAAAGCGUUGAGGUUUUUAAAGGUGGAAUGUGUAGCUUUAAAAAAAAUCCAAUUGCUUUAUUAAUUAUACCUCCCAAAAUACAUAUAUAUAUAGAACUAAGUUCAUUGUCUCCAGUAGCUGCCACAUUGGAAUAUAAAAAGGAUUUUCUUAUUACAGCAAGGAAACCAAAUAUUACUGAUAUAGAAUUCUAUUUAAUUAUUCAAGAUCAAUUAACUAUAUAUGAUUAUUCUUACGAUCUUCGUAUAAAUAAAGAAAAGGCACCAAUAUCUUACUUAAGUAUUCCAAUAAAAUUUAAAAUAGAUAAAGAAGAAAGAGAAAAAAAAAAACACCAACCAUCACAUAAAUGCAAGUGGACCUUUAUUGAUUCAAAAGAACAGAAAACUAUGAGCGAUAUAUGUGGCCAAACAGAUCAUAUUAUGUCACCAGAUUUAGCAUGCAUCUUCGACGCUGAAACAGGUACGUACUAUUCCACAGAAUAUGGGAUAAAUUAUUGCACAAAUUUUAAAAAACUACAAAAAUAG